AUGACAGAUACAACACACUUCACAUUCGGUAGCAAAGUCGGCAAUGUUGGUUUCGACAACGCUUCAUCUACCUCCUCCGCCAAUCAAGAGUUCACUUUCACAUCCGACCGCGCUCUAAACUCCAGCACAGAGAGUGGAUAUCUCGACGAUGAACCUGUCGAAGCAUCUUCUUCAUCUUCGAAGCGAAAAGUCAACGCAACAACGUUAUUCAGCCACCUAGCACAACGACAGUUUGAGCAACAACAACAACAAUCUCGCCAAACGCUUUCUCAGGCUGAGUACGAUGAUCCUUCCUCCUGGUCCCAUUCCCCUUCCUCUCGGUUUCGCAGGAAUCGAGCCGAAGGGGAAGGGCAAAGAGAAGAUUCAGAAUACAGCUAUGAUUCGGACUCGGAAGAUAGCUACGACUCAGCGCAACUUCAAAAAGAAUGGGAAGAACAACUGGAUCAACUCAAACUCAUGUUUCAAAUCAUCAUCUUUCCUUUUGUGGGCAAGUUCAUGGGUAGGAAAUUUAGCUUUUUCUUGUUUGAUCGGUAUAGACGGUUGGGUAGUCCUUUUGGUGGUGCCUUUUGGCGCGGUGUUACAGGCUGA